UAGGAGAGACAAGUGGUGUGCACGAGUUUUCCUUGUUUCCAAGUUACUCUAUAGACGCUGAUAAUGAUAUAAUUACGGUGUUCGCUUUGACAACAUAUGGUUCAAACAGUGGAUUUCAGUUCUACGGUACUGGUGCUGCAAUGGUAGAUAACGCAGACGGAUGUGGUGGUAUUGUGUACGCAUACUCAAACGUCACUUCCGCUUUGAGGAUUUGGCAUCCGGUAGGUGGAAGUAAUAGUUUAAUUCAUGUAGACGGUAUGGGCGGAGGAACAUAUAAUCAGGUAGCAGACGAAGCUGAUAUAACUCUACGACUUUUUAAAGUAUUCCAAUCUGUUAUAAACUAUUGCUCAUUUGCUACUGAAGAACCCGGGAUAAACACGAUUACGACGUUGACGUCAUUAGCAGACUGUUGCCAGGCAACGUACACGUGCAACCCUGGUUAUAGUCUUAUUUCCGGAAAUCUUCAGCGUUUUUACGAUUAUUCUUUGAACACAUGGAAUGGAACUUCACCGGAAUGUCAAGUUGCAACUAGUUCAGUUAACAUGUGUUCGUCAAUUGAUGGUGGAAUAAAUACAGAUGUUAACCUGACGUCAACAAACUUGGGUUGUCUUGCAACGUAUACUUGUCUACCGGGAUACAGUUUAGUGUCCGGCGAUUUGUUUCGUUCUUAUGACUCUUUGCAAAGCGCAUGGAAUGGUACCGCACCGGAGUGCCAUGUUUUGUGUUCGAAUCCGACCAGUGGGACUAACUCUAUGUACGUUCUUUCAUCAAGUCAGCUGUUGAUCGGUACAUUAGCUACAUAUAUAUGCACUAGUACGUACGUGUAUGAAGCCGGGGACUACAGUCGGGUAUGUUAUGGUAGCGGUUCAUGGACUGGUUUCCCGUUAAAUUGUUCAGCAGCUGUAACAACUACAACAAUUCUGCCACCGUCUACAACAAGCACCGGAAGUGUGUGUUUUAAUUUUAGCACGGUGGUUAACAUUACAACAGUAUUACGUAUUGCUGAUGAAAUUGUUGCAAAUUUGACAGUACCAACAAAAACAACGUCGAAAUAUACUAGAAGCUUGACCAGUGCUAAAGAUGGACGACAAUCUUCCACGGUGAUUGGUCUGGCCGGGGCAGGAAUAUGUGCAGUUAUAAUGGGCCUACUUUUUGUUCCAGAUGCAUUGACAGUUUUAUCAUUUCUUGUUAAUAAAAUCUGUUCUAAACGAGAUAUAGCAGAUUAAAGUAUUGUUUUGAGAAUAUGGUUUAACAUGGUAUUCAUAUUAUGAUGCCGGUUUGUUAUCAAAGAAAUAAACGUUUCUUUAAAAGACACACAUUUAAAUUUGUCUGUUAAGUUUUCGAUGGAAUUGAUAUCAGUUUUAUAGAAACUGUUGAUUGCACACGAUAUAUCUGUUAUUCCAAAACCACAGUCAAGUUUCCGUAAUAAUCUUAAAUGCGUUACAAUGUGAAAUUAACAUCGUUAGUUAUAGGUCUGAAGACAAAUAACAGUUGUUGUUUUUUUGAUAAUUUUAAGCUACAAAAAUACUGUCUAAAGAUGUGAUUAGUGAUAACCAAUUCCUGCUUGUAUGUAUAAAAAUGAGUCAAGACUGUUUAUUUCUGUUAUUUUAGCUUUAUGCAAUUAUAAUGUAAACAAUGGAAUAAUUACCGAGUAAACUUAACUAGGUACAGAAGCAAUUGUCAAUUUUUACAUCGGAAUCUAUGUACCUUUAUCGAACAGAUCAUAUAUUUUCCAAUUUCUUAUUAUUUGUUUUCGUAUGCACAUAUAUUAUAUGAAAGAGAAUGUGUUUGUCAAGCAACUGUU